CUUAGUGUCUGGGGACAACAUGUAUGAAUUGUAUCAAUCAGUUUUAGUGUGAGCAUUAGUUUCUUUCUGUUAGUGGAAUUGAAACAUAUCUACUUUUAAAUAAUAUCAAGCUUGUUAAAGCAGGAUGAAAGAGAAAUGUACAUUUUUUUUUAAAAAGCGUUCACAAUUAAAAAUGAUGAUCAGUUCAGGGUGUGCAAACAAAAUUGAGAGACGUGGAGCGUAUUUUCUGCUGUCGCGAAAAAAAAUGAAAUGUUCUCCACAGUUCCGGCUGGCCGGCCGGCCCAGCACGUUCCAGGACGCCUCUGUGAGCUUAUUUAGAUGGAGCGAAGGGCGGUGGCCGGUGAAUGAAUAAUCAAGGCUUCCAUGGGCGGCGCAGGCUCCGUAUUUACACUGGGCCGCUCCGCCCUACGCAGAGAUAGAAAACUGUCUGCGGGCCGGAGGGAUGGAACAAGUGGAAGGAGAUGUUGCCGACAGGCACACAUUAAUUACUCCGCCACACGCUCUGCGACUCGUCCGGCUGCGCUCCUUCCCCACUGCGCUGUAGCGGCGGCGGCAGCAUCCUCCUCCUCUCUGCAGAACAGGACGAGCGAUCAUCCGGGCUGCCUGCGUCGGAGCUUCAUGGCCGCAGCACUGACUAUGAGCGGCGCGCAGGAGGACCCGUUCUACCCGCUGCAGAAAGCGACGCUGCCCGCCGCCUUCUCUCUGGAGGACUCGGCGCUGUUCGGCCUGGACUGUAAAAUCUCGGAAGCGGACAAGGCAGGGCACAAUGACUACACGCAGGUGAAGUGUGAGAUGGACAGGUAUCUCUCCCCUCCCGCCUUUCCGCCCCAGGCUGACGGCCAGCAGAAGUCGCACACAGACAACACGUCGGCGGCGGAGCAGUUCUUUAGCGGAGACCACGCCGGGGCUCCCUACACCCUCAACAUGAACCUUUACCUCCCCGACGUGGCCUACCUGAGGAUGGGCUCGUGUGAGCAGGUGCGGCCCCCUCAGGCCCAGGGCCGCACCGGCCUGGCCCAAAUUAAAACGGAAGCUGCCUCGUCGUGCUUCGGCCCGCACCUGCAGCCCCACUGCCCGCACGGUACGCCCGCGAGCGGCUGCGGCACUUCCGGGCACGAGCCCGGCAACGCGGCCUUGGAAACCUCAGCCAUAAACAUGUCGCUAACAGGGUUACCGGACUUCACGAGCGUUUUCACCCAGUCGGGGGGAGAGGUGUUCAUCAAACAGGAAAUGCCGUCGCAGUUCGAGCAGCAGGGCAUCCACCACGACGGCAGCGGCUCGCUCUUCCAGCUCCUGAACGCCGGCUUGGAUCAUCACCACAUGGAUGGCAUGGAGACCCAACAGCAGCAGAUGCAGCACAAUUCCAGUGUCCAUGCACCUUUCCAUGAUUUACCAGUAGCUUCGGCUUCUUCCCAGCAAGAGCAGGGCACCAAGGCGGACUACCGCAGGGUCUACGCGCAUCGUAAUGCUCAGGUGCACUCCCAUUACCUGCAGCAGCAGGUGCCCUACCUGCCUCCCUCCCCGCCCAGCUCCGAGCCGGGCAGCCCCGACAGGCAGAAGGAGCUGCUCCACACCCUGUCCCCUCCUCCUUCGUACGCCGCCACCAUCGCUUCCAAGUUGGCAGGGACCACGCCGGGGCUCGGACCCGGGCCCGGACCCGCCGCCUUCGCCCUGCCCACUCCAGUCCAAGGCCCGUCUCCGGGCCUCCCCCAGGGCCCUGCAGCCCAGACCACGACGCAGAACUCCGGGACCGUCCGAUACAACCGGAGGAACAACCCGGACUUGGAGAAACGCCGGAUCCACCACUGUGAUUACCCAGGCUGCAAGAAGGUCUACACCAAGUCGUCCCAUCUGAAAGCCCACCUCAGGACUCACACGGGUGAGAAGCCGUACAGGUGCACGUGGGACAGCUGCGACUGGCGCUUCGCUCGUUCCGACGAGCUCACGCGCCACUACCGGAAACACACGGGAGCCAAGCCCUUCCAGUGCACCGUCUGCUCCCGCUCCUUCUCCAGGUCCGACCACCUCGCACUGCACAUGAAGAGGCACCAGAACUAGCCACGUUUUGCACGCGUGCCACGGUCGUGCCGUGCGAGCCCUCGUCCCGAAAUCUCACGCAAAGCACUCGGCUCGUGUCCGACAGCUACAGUGUUAAGCGGCUGCGCGAUGCCAAGCAGCUUUGCUGGCAUCCCAGCCCCCCCAUACCCCACCCCACGCCACCCCGGUGCUGCCAUCGAUCAAUACAAUUGUUUGAUAGCUAAGGAAGAAAACGGUGGCCAAGAAAAUCUUUGGUUUAGUACCGUCACAAGGUAUGAUAAAAAAUGUCUUUGGACAAGAACAAUAACAAAAAAAAAAAAAAAAAAAAAAAAAAAAAGCUCCAUAGCGUAAAGAAAAUGGUAGCUCCUUCACGUUUUCCGGUCCAUUUGGACUUUGUGUGACUGGAAAGAAAAAAAUAAAACCCAUUGUCUGUCUUUGUUGUAAUGUAGAACUUCUUAAUUCAAGAAAAACUUUUGUUUACUCAUUGGUAUGUUUGUUUAAAUAGCUGGAAUAUCCAGGUUUUAUUUUAUUUAAUUCUUUUUUAACCAAAUCCUUCGGUUUGCACUAGAACUUAUCGUGCAUCUCAUGCAACAACAAAACGUUCAUUAUCACAACUGGACAUGCCACGCCAGUCACCGCUGUCCGGAUAUUAAAAAUUGAAAGCAUUUAUUCUCCUGAGACAAAGAAGAUGAAGCAUAGAAGAAGAAGAAAAAAAAACAUGAGAGGAAGGUAGAGAUGGCAAGACUGAAUUGUUUUUCAUUUUAUAGAGAGGAAAUGUGCAGAUGGCUGAGUAACAUGGGGACAUGGGUGGAUUGUAAAGAGCAGCCAUUAGGCGAUCAAUUAUUUAGGACAGGCUUUUGAUGGAUGUCCAGCCGGAGAAAUGUAAGCAGACCUGACUCUGUUAAAACAGAAGCAGCUGUAUUUAUGCACAAGUUUGAAUUAAGCAUCUUCAGAAAUGUUGUUUCUGUGCAGAUUGUGCCAUCCAACUUUUUAUUUUUCAUUUUUGCGUUUUAACCAAAGUCUAAUCUUCGUCAUCAACACCCUAUGAAGUGCCUCCUUCUGUGGUUAAUGUGUUCCUGUUCUGCCAGAGUGAUUAGUGUGGGCGGUUCUUUUAAACACACAUGGUGCUGUUUUUGGUUCCUGUUCUGUCAAAAAAUAAUAAUAAAUUCUCUGAACUCAGUACAGGGAGAGGGAAACGAGAAACUUUAAUAUCCUAAAGCUGAUCAUCUCCAUUGUAAUAUAACAGCUCAGCUCUGAACACUAAAGAUGGUACUAAAGUGACAGUCUGUCUCUUUCUCCAAGGAGGUUUUAGCCUUUUUUUUUUUUUUUAAUCUGUAGGCAGAUAACUAGCAACAGGGCUCCAUCAGGCCUUCAAAUUUGGACACAUGCUCUGUUAGAGGACAGAUUUGCUACAUUUUUGAAGCUAAAGAACUUGAAUAUUUUACACAUAGAUCCAUUUAGAUAAAUGUCUUCCUCUUGCCGCCAUUAUUACCCUGACAGCAGUUUUGCUCAGCGAUGCACCGGUCAGAGUUUAUCCAUCUGUUUUGUAAAACUUUGCUCCACCAACACUGCUGCUUUUCCCGGCAUCUCAAAACCAGAACCGAAGCACGGCAGACUGAGGUCGAAGCCCAGAAAGUCUCUCUCUCUCUCGCAGCUCGAUGUUGCUGUUCACAGUUGCUGUCGCCACACUGAAAGGUGCUGCUGUCAGUGCAGCCUGUUUUUUGCCUACAUGCUGUGCGUUCACUGAGGGGGAGAAUAUUUUUGAGUUUCUGACCUGACGAUCAAGCAGAAAAUCGGCCUUCAGAGUUGAUUUCUCGGUGAAUCUCUGUUUUUGUUCCACUCCAGCAGUCGACAGUCUUGUUAACCAUAACUCCGUGAUCCAUUAAGACCUACUGUACCUUCUUUCUUUACUUUUUUUUUUUUUUACUAACUAAUAAAAACAAAACGGGACCUUUUUUAAUGAAAUAAAAAUGUGGUAGCUUUUGUUUAUAGAUGUAUGGUCUUGAUGGAUUACUGUAUUUACAGAACAUGAGCUUAAGAAGAGAAUCUGUCCUCUAAUAUACACCCAGGUGUGAGUUUGAUUGUGUGAUUCGGCCUUUAUAACUGUACUUGUUCAUUCACUGCAGGUAGCUUUAAGAUAAUAUAGCACUGUAAUCUAACAAGGGAAAUCUCUCUAUUUAUUUAAUUGUGUAGAAGCUGGGAUAUAACAAAUUCACUGUGUUGUUUUUUUGUUUGUUUGUUUUUACCCCCAGCAAAAAAUGCCUUAAUGUAAAUAAAUGAACUGUAAAUACAUUUUUGUUCCAUUUUUUUAAUGUGUUAACAAUAGGGCAGAAAAAGAGGAAAAUGCCCUGCAUCCAAAAAUAUUUGAGCCUUACUCCUCAAUUUUUGUUCUCUCGUCCAAACUAUUUUGAUGCCAUUAUUAUUAUUAUGUG